GAUGGCGGGAAUCCAUGGGCAAUGGAAGUGCUUUGAGGGAAGAGGGCUGUGGAGGAGGCGGGCCCCUUCCUUCACUUCCGAGGCGGCGCUUUUGAAAGCCGAGAGGCGGAGGAGGAGGAGGGACCGAGGAGGCUCCGAGAGAAAGCGAGAGCGAGAAUUGGGAUCUGAACCAGACCUGUAGGCUACUGAUUUGAAUGCAUAGGCCACUGGUGAAAGAUGUGUGGCCGCACAGCCGUUUCCCUGGGAGCAGAUCGAAUCCGCCGUGCCUGUGCAUACCGCGAUACCCAGGGGAGGAGAAGGCAUCCUGAAUGGAAAAAUGCUGACCAGUAUAAACCAUCUUACAAUAAGAGCCCACAGUCUAACAACCCAGUGCUCCUCUCCCUAAAGCACUUUGAGAAGGAUGCUGGCUCUUCUGAACGUAUCCUUAUGGCCAUGCGUUGGGGGCUAGUUCCAACCUGGUUCAAGGAAUCUGACCCAUCUAAAAUGCAGUACAACACUUCCAAUUGUCGUAGUGAUACCAUGAUGCAGAAACUCUCCUAUAAGGGACCUCUUGUAAAAGGCAAACGCUGUGUGGUGCUGGCUGAGGGUUAUUAUGAGUGGCAACAACGUAAUGGACAGAAGCAACCGUAUUUUAUUUACUUUCCCUUGAAUGAGCAGGAAACGAUCAUCAAAUCUGAUGUGGAGGAAGAAGAUAUAAAAGAGGAUAGGAGGCUACUCACCAUGGCUGGCAUUUUUGAUUGCUGGGAGCCUCCUAAUGGAGGAGAAACACUGUACAGCUACACUGUCAUCACAGUAGAUGCUUCUAAAACUGUAAGCUCCAUCCAUAACAGGAUGCCAGCUAUCCUGGAUGGGGAUGAUGCUAUUAGUAAAUGGUUGGACUUUGCAGAAAUACCCAUACAAGAAGCGUUGAAGGUUAUCCACCCCACAGAAAAUCUCGCCUUUCAUCCAGUGUCAACCGUAGUGAACAAUUCACGAAACAGUUCCCCAGAAUGCAUUGUACCCAUUGAUCUGGAUGUAAAGAAGGAAACCAAAGUUAGUGCAAGCAGCAAAAUGAUGUUGAACUGGUUAAAAAACAAAUCUCCCAAGAAAGAAGAGGAGAAAGAAGGUGACUUACCAAGAUGGUCCAGUCAAUUCAUCCAAACAGCACCAGCUAAAAGAACAAGUUCAAGCUUCAUGGACCAGUGGCUCAAAAAGGAAGACGAAGGACCUUCACCAAAGCAGUCCAAAUUUCUGUGACUUAUUUAUAUGUUCCUUUUAUUCAGGAACAGAUUAAAAGUCCCCCAGCAUAUUAGACAUGUUCUUAUUGGACAGAAUAUUUACAUUUGUCAGUUUCUACUGAUUUGAGUGUUUAGUGUAGGAUUUCUGACUUUUUGCUGAUGCCAAAAAAAGUUAACCUUGACAUUUAGUGUUGUCUUUCUGGCACAAAAGAGUGUGGAUUUUAUGUGCGGCACUGACAUUUUCCCCAAACCUUGUAAAAGCUUUACACCAAAUAUAUAAGACAGAGAAAAAUACAAGUCAAAUUUGCCUCUCCUCUUACAGACAGAACCUCUGAGUCUCCCCUAAAGUGUUUUAACUGCCUAAAGCAACAAUGAGAAAGAAACGAAGUGUUAAAACUAUACUGUGCUUGUACCAUAGGAAAACUAAGUGAGUAAGCUUGCUUUUUAGUUAUCAGACCUAUUCUUAUUGGGAUUAUCAUCACUGAAAUAGAUGUUAGAUGUUUUGGCAAUAAGAGGGAGAAUGUCUACCUUUCCGGUUGUUAAUUUGAGUGUUUGCAUAUAUAUAUAGAAGAAGAAAGUCAGAUAACUUUAGCUCAUCUAUUUUGUAGCCUCUCUGUCAAAUGAAAGAGUAUCUCUGUCAAAUGAGAGAGGGUGAGAAAACAAAUGUUUUAGAAUUCUUAAUUUUAAAAACAACAUUUUUCUGUGGGUGAGUUUCUCUGAGAUCUUGCUUUGCUGAAAAACAUUUGUCUUAAAAACUAAUUUACCAGAAAAAAAUAAGCAGAGGUGUUACCUUUAGUUGUACUUUUUAAAUAAGCAAUAAGAGGCAUUAUUAAAGCUGCUGACAACUUGACUUCAGAUUUUAGAAACCACCUGGGGAGCAUUAAUUAAAAUGAUGGUUGUACAAAAUAAAAGCAUUUAGCUGUUUUCACCUCUCACUCAAUUUUAGGUAAUCACCAAAGCACUUAAUAAAAUGUCCUUGUUUUGACAGGAAUAGCGAUAAACACUGGCUGGUGAUAUUGUGGAAAUGUUUGCAAUAACAAUCUGUUCUUUGGAGUAGCCUGAACUAGGAGUGGUUCUGCUCCUAAACUUGUAGUUAUUUUACACUGUUGUGAAUAUCACUGUUUUCUAUAAGAAUCGGGAGAAACCUUGAACCAUAACAAAUGAAAGCAAAUUAUUUUUAGUGAUAAUCUGGUUUUUUUCUGCACUCGACAGUCGGAAAUCUGUAUCAUCUCGUGGCAUUUUCUGUUAAAGCAGGGCUGUGGAACAUGUUGUUCUUUAGAGGUUAUUGGACUGCCACUCCUAAACAGCCCUGGUCGGCAUAGCCAGUGAACCAGUGAUUGGGGAUGAAGAAAGCUGCAGUCAAGACAGUGUUACAUGUUCCCCAAACCUGUGCUGGAAUGGUGAAUUGGGGUGAAAAUAUUCUAUGCUGAGGGUAAUCCUAGCCCUUUUUUCUUAUCUCGGUGUGCUAAGAUAUCCACCUCAAGUGUCUCCAACUUAACAUUGUUGGGAACAACUUCAUCGCCUAUUUUCAAAACUUCAGUGGGAUACUUAAAAUGUAUAACACAGUUCUAAACACACAAAUCGUUCAGGUGGUAAAUAUUUUCAAAGUAUGCUCAUGUCAAAAGCAAUUUUCUUACUUAUACUCUAUUUUUCUGGCAAUAAAAACAAUGUCUGGGCACCCUAAAAAGUAAAAAUGGUAAAGAUUUAUUACAUCAUUUUGUUCAGCUUUUAUUCACUUCAAUACAGAUAUCUGUCAAAUUCCUGUCAUGACCUAGAUGUGCUUCUACAACAUUUAUGCUGUAAUAAAUCCUGUUAGUCUUAAGGCAACAACACCCCAUUCAGCAGAGCUACUCACCUGGAAAAUGUCAAUAGCUUGCUUGGCCCAGCAGCCAAAAAUCUUAACUCCCUGAUUCAGUACAUUGCAGAAACUGGUUACAUUACAUACAAAAUGUCGAAGGCUUCCUCACUAGGCACAAAAGCAAGAGCAGUUUGUUCAAAAGUAAUACAUUUCCCAUUAAAACUAAGUGUAGCAAUAAGGUGUGAGAUGUGAGUCCAGAUUGGUUCAGAUUUCAUGGACUCAUUUCAGUGCCUCCAAGCCAAGCUGCUGUCUCACGUUGUCAUCUGUAGAUUGGAUUAUUAUGCCAAAAGUUUAUUUGUUUGAACAGGGUUUUUUAAAUGUUCUAGUUUUAAGAUCUAGGGUCACAAAUUUCAAGAUGACAGUUUCCUAAUUUAUUUGCCAACAAUUUAGAAAAUACAAAGCUGAGUCCUACCCUUGUUUGCUCAUCCCUCACAUAUCCCCUCCAAACUUGACAGAGAAGAAAUACUGUACCCUGCGACAUUCCUCCUUUACCGUUUAAUGAGGUCCCACAUCUGUACCUAUAAGUGUAGUUGGAUACAUGCCAUUACUGUGAGUCCUCAUAUCUGCUGCGGUUUGUUUCCAGGACCACCACCAAGCCCUGUGGAUACCAAGAUUCAUGGAUGCUCAAAUCCUAUUAUGUAUAAUGACAAAGUAAAAUGGUGUCCCUUUAUACAAUGGCAAAAACAAGAUUUGCUUUUUGGAUAUUCUUUUUAAUAGUUCUAAGCCUCCAAAGGUCGAAUCCAUGGAUACAGAGGGCCAGCUGUACUCCCUGUCGUGGAUUUUUGCCUUUACCAUUUGAAACAUUAUUUCCUGAAAAGCCCUGUCUACCGACUGCUUGAUAAUAAUCCUAUUAACUUGGUCUGCCUCAUUAUAAUGUUAUAACGUUUUAACUCAGUCAAAGAAAUGAUAAUAUUCAAGAUCUAUUGAAUCAAAAAGCAAUUUAAAAAUACACUCAUAAAAAUGACACCAGUCUUUUAAAAUUACACAGUCCAACAACAUAAAUAUUUUGGUGUUUUGGUAUUUAGGCCUGUUCCUGGGGUUGUUUGGGGAACCGAUUCAGAAAAUUGCAUUGGACAAACCGCAUCAGCUCUAGUUUCUUACAUAUGGUUUUCAUGGUUUUCUAUGGGCAAGCAGAUGGCAACUGGAAUAUGUCAUCUAUUCUGAGAGCUAAUAGAGGGAAACAGGUGCAGAUCCUGGGAUAUAAGGCCUGUCUGGAAGGGCCCUUUGUUAACUGGGUCUGCCUCUUCUCAGUUGUGUCACUUGAACUGGGCUGACCUUUCCAGCCAAGCUGGUAGGCUGCUGGUCACCUGCCCUGUUCUUUGGUAUCUGAGCCAUAAGACACCGGAGCUCAUUUGGCUUCUGGAGAGAGAAGGGAAAGACGGAAGCUCUCAGCAGUGGGGACCUAUAAAUAAGUAAGAAGUGCCCUUUGGAAUAAAGACUUACCGGUACUACGUAAGUCAAGGGGCCUUCCUAUCAGGGUUUCUUUUUGUCACUGGAUGGAGGCCUAUAGAUUUAACCAUGCAGCUUGCACAAGUGAAAUAUCAGUGUCAACAGCAUCACUAUUAUAGUAGAUUUAGGGUGCAUCUGAACUGUAGAAUGAAUGCAGUUUGACCCCACUUAAACUGCCAUGGCUCAAGACAAUGAAAUCCUGGGAGUUGUAGUUGGCUGAGGCUGCAGCACUUGGGCAGAGAAGGCUCGAGGAAGGCUUGUGAAAAUAUAACUUAUGUGGUCACAGCCUUCAGCCAUGGUAGUUAAAGCGUUGUCAUAUUGCAUUCAUUCUACAGUGUAGAUCAGGAAUGGACAAACCUUAGCCCUCCAGCCUAACAGAAUCGUGGGAGUUGAAGAACACCUGGAGAGCCAAAGUUUGCCCAUGUCUUGUGUAGAUGCACCCUUUGUCAUUUGCACUAUUCCUUGCCCAGCCUUUUUACAGCUCUGUCAUGCCCAUUUUAGAAUUUUAGUCUUUGUUUUUUGUAGAACCUGGUCUGAUGGAAUUUCAACGAAAUCUGCAAUACUCUGUAAUGUUUAGUCUGUUUUAUUUUGGUUGUUGUAUUUUAUGGUACUCCUUUUUAAUAUGUUUUAUUGAUUGUGUUGGCUUUUAUGUCUUGUGUCCCAUUUGUAAGCUGCCCCGAGUCCCUUCAGGGAAAUGAUGGCGGGUUAUAAGAAGAAAGUUAUUAUUAUUAUAGUUACAUCAUUUGCCACACAACUAAAACACACAACUUUGUGAACUCUAGUUGGUUCUGUUGAUUAAUGUAAAUGCUUGUGCAGACUCUAAUAAGUCAUAUAAUUUUAGUUUGACUACGUUUGGUUCAAUGUAUUGAUGUUAGGUUUAAUUUGAUGUGAGAUUUUAAUGUUAUUUUUAUAUGUGGGGUUUUUCAUAUAUGGGUUUUUCUGGGUUUUAUGUCAGUAUUUGUUUUUAUAGAGGCAUUGAAUGUUUGCCUUUAUAUGUUGAAAUCUGGCCUGAGUCCCCCUGGGGACAUAAGGCGGAAUACAAAUAAAGUUUUAUUAUUAUAUUAUUA